UCCACUGAACUGUAGUCCCGAUGAAGUUUGAGUGGUGAUGUGUAAGAGCGACCCGGUUUAGAUUUUAUUUUCGAGGAAAUAUUCAUAUUUUCUGGAUAAAUAAAACAGAAUUUUCACUGGUAGCACAAUCCAGCCGUUGACCACAAUGAAUUUCAAUGCAAAUGCUGGGGUUCGUCAUCGUAAGUUGGACGAGACUCAGGGAGGCCCCACGAGAAAGCCAAAGCGUGUCAGCGAUGUGAACGCAAUGGGUCUGACGGCUCCUGUGUCCCAAUUUGUUCCAGAUGCUCCAUAUGAUGCUGGCGCACCGGCGAUGCAGCCAAGUUAUGUCGCGUCAGGAUUUAAUGGAGCGCCCGCUCCUGGACCGCAAACAUACAGCGGUUUUCCGGGCGGACAACAGCCAAUGCCCGGCCCGCAGCCACCAAAUCAGUUUUCGAGUUAUCCAGGCAGUGGGCCAGGUAUGGCGCCACAAUCACAGGGAAUGCCUCCCGGACCACCAGGCGGGCCCGGUGGGAUUCCGCCUCAGUUUGCAAUGUUCCAACAACCAAUCGUCCAGGACAUGGCCAUGCAGUACGGACAACGCCUUGCCGAUCAGGGUAAACAACUAGUGGAGAAUCAAUUCGAGAAAUGGGUGCCGGUGACGCGACUCAAAUAUUAUUUCGCUGUCGACAACAAGUACGUGGUUAACAAGAUGCGGUUGCUGUUCUUCCCAUUUAUUCAUAAGGAUUGGUCAUUAAAAUACGAUCACGACAAUCCCGUUCAACCACGUUACGACAUCAAUGCGCCUGACCUCUACAUCCCGACCAUGGCUUACAUCACCUACGUCGUAGUGGCUGGAUUAGUUUUGGGCAUGCAAAAUCGAUUCUCUCCCGAACAAUUAGGUUACCAAGCAUCCAGUGCGCUGGCAUGCAGUAUAUUCGAAUUGAUUGUCUAUUCCAUAACAUUGUACGUGACGAAUAUCCCGACGACACUGAAAACACUAGAUCUCCUGGCGUAUUCCAGCUAUAAGUAUGCAACGAUUGUAUUUUGUAUCUUAGUCAGCAUAUUGUUUAAGAAGUCCGGCUAUUACACGGCGUUGAUUUACUGCAGUUUAUCCUUAGGGUUCUUUUUGCUUCGAACACUCAAAGCCAAAGUCUUACACGAUCCUGCACAAUCCACAACGCCAGUGGGGGCGCCCAGCUACGACCCAUACGGAAUGCCACAGCAACAAGCCGACUAUUCAAUCGGUCGAAAGCGGAAGUUGUACUUCCUUUUCCUGGUAGCGGGAAGCCAAGCGGUGCUCUCAUUCUGGCUCUCCAUGCAUUUAAUACCCGUUGAAAAGUCAAUUCCGAAUUUCCCCAGCACUUAGAAAAGUUCAAACUCAUACACAUAAAAUACCGAGGGACUAUUUAUCAUCAUUUUUUAUAUAACAUGGGCGAAGAAGACGUAGAAAAAAAAAGUGUUGAAUCGUUAGAUAGUGUUGAGAGUUGGAGGAAAGGACCCGUUUGUUAAAACCAUUGAUAUAAGUUCGAAUGCCACGCAUUGAUGGAUUGUUUCAAGCUCUUUAUUCUUUUUACUGAAUGUGCAAACAGCAAGGAUGAGAUACUUGUAAAAUUGUGUAAAAAAAAACAGAAGAUAUUGUCGAAGUAACUUUAACUGCAUAGAGAUGGAGGCAAACUUAAAAUAUAAUAUUGUUUUAUAUGAAA